CCACUCUACGCAUUAUAAGCAAAACAACUGAUCUGUUUUGUUUAUGGACCUAAAUGGAACCAGGCCUGCAACAACCACGUCAGCCCAUUUAAAAAUUGGGCCACAGGCGCUACCUGCAGAGUAAUAGCGAACCCCAUAAAAAAACGGCGAAACGUUUCAACAAAAGUGGAAACUUGAGUAAACAAGAGUAACCUUGCCAAAAGAUCUCGAAUCAUCAAAACACUGACAGAGGGAGAGGGAGAGGGAGAUCGGAAGAGUCGUCGUUUUCUUCCUCGGCGGUGGCGGACCGAAAUGGUGUUCAACAGUGUGAUCGUGCUAUCAGUAGCACACGUGUCGGUAGAGGCAUGGCAGCAAAUUGCUUGCCUCCGAUUGCAAAACCGAUUCACUGCUCCUCAGCUCCUUGAUCUUCUCUGCUGCUUCCCUCUCCAUCAACUCGGUCGCUUCGCUGUUUGCCUCUGGACUUUCCUCUGCUUGCCACCUUCAGAUUCCUUCUACUCCUACUCCUACUCUUCUUCUUCUUCUGCCGAUUCCGAUGACUCUGACGACGGGGGUGAUAUUGUGUUUGUUGUUGCUCGUAAUCCUCUCAGACGAGACGGGGCCUCGUCCUUCUCCUCCUCCGUCUCCGCCUCCACCGUCGCUUCCCCCUACUCCUCCCCCGUCCGUAUUGACGAUUACAUCCACCAUUCCCACUCCGAUUGACUCGCUGCUUCGGCUGAUAAUUUCGUCUAUUACUGUACAGUAACUCUCCUGCUCCCUAGUGCAAUAUCUUCAUUUCGACUUGUAUGGUGUCCGUUAUAUGUAUUUACUUGUUGCUGAUUCUUGAGAUCUUGUUGCUUUCCUUUGAGAACAAUUAUAUGUCUGUGUUUUCUGAACUUUGCGAUUUCGUUGUGAAAUUAUAAGAUCUUGCGGAGGAAAUUUGACUUGCAUUUCUCCACUGCUUGCUGUCACUUGGAUACUACUGAUGUCUUGUGUGUCUCAAUCAAUGUGCUAUGGCUUCUCUGCUACCACUCACCAUUUAGCAUAGCGAAAUUGAUCUUCAAUAUAAUAGUUGUUCACCUCCUGAAAAGUUUUCAGAAAUGAUAUGAUUAUUUGGAAUUCCAUAACUCGAUUCCACUUCCCCCCCUAUAUCCCACCACCUACAUUCUGUGAUGGAGUACAUGUUUCACUAGCUGAAAUUGCAAAGCAUGUCAGUUGAUUGCUGUUGUGCAGUUUCUUAGCCUAGAAUUUGUGAACUCGCUGCAUUCUGAUUUCUAUGCUAGCUCUUUCUUUUACCUUCUUUAGCUCUAUCUUGUCUUUCAAAGCCCUUGUAAUUGCCAACCUGCUAGUAACGUGCUAUGUUUUCUCCUGGACACCGAGUAAUUAGAAAUUUCUUGGCUUGCCAGUUAAACACAGUAUGAGUAGGGUAGGGUUCCUGUGAAUGAAUCACAACCUUAUUCUAAGUCAUAGAAGGGCUGGCUUAUAUGGUUUCCAGUUCCACAUAGUUUUCGAUUACUGCAACAAGUGCUUAUGCUCUAUGCGCACCAUCAGGCUUAUUUUAUUUGCUAUGGUUUGCUGAGUCUGGAAUAUGACUAAAACUUGUCUUUUCAUUUUUCAUUUAAUGUCUCUGAGUCUUUCUCCUCUAUGUUGUUGGUAUUCAAUUGAAGCAGGAAGGAUGACUGUUACAUGAUUUGUUUAACCCCGAAACAGAAUUAGACUAUCUACCACUCCUUGCCUUUGGUUUCUCCAAUGGAGGCUGGUGAAUAAAUGCUUUUAGAAUGUUCAGCUAGUGACUACAGUAAACAUUUCGACAUCUAUUUUACAUUGACAAAAAUAAGAUAAGAUGCUUCACAUACUGCAUAGAUAGUACUAGAGAGACUGCUGAAAAUUAUGGUGUAUUCAGCAUGGAGCAACAAUACCCCGAGACACUCCAGCAGAUGCCCAAGUUGCUUGUUGAUAUGACGAUGAUUGUUUAUUUACCUAGGAAGUUUCCAGGGCCUUUGAUUAGUGCAUGUCCUGUUACUAAAAAUUAUGCCUCUUUGUCCACUUUAUUUGCACUGGAUUGAAAAGAAAGACUAUCAGUAAAUUUCCAACUUCCGAUGGCCGAUUUUGUCAUCUUUCUUCCACAACUUGCAGGGAUGGAGCUUGGUUGUAGAAAGUUUAGACUUUGUUUCCUUCGUAUGAGAGAGUCUCUGGCUAGUAUCAUGUGUUGCAGUGAAACAUGUUGGUUGAUGCCUGAGAUUGUUUGAUUUGUAAUCCAGUAGCGAUAGGUACCUCUGCAUAAUUGGUUUUAACAACCGAUGUCUACUCCACUAUAUGUCCUUACUUGUUAGAUUUUUGUUUACGAAGACUAGCAAGGCCUUGUUAUUUAGAUCUUUGGUGCAAGGCCUUGUUAUUGUACCACAUAGAUAGUUGUUAUUGUUGAUAAUUGAACAUCUAAGGAUCAAAAUUAACAAGGUAGAAGCUAUAUGCAUGAAGUUCAGGCCCUUGGUCCGCUCCAUUUGUUGUGGAUGCUCACCAUCCCUAGUUGGUCCGCUCCAUGAAAGUUGUAUUCGACGACAUUGUCAUGUUGACGCCCAUGUGCUUUUCUGUAAUUGCUAGUAAUCUAGUUUUAAGAAAUAAAAUGAAGUAGC